AAAAUAGCACCCCUCCAUUUACAACGGUCACAUUUCUCCCAUUUCUCAUUCUAAUAGAAAGAAAGAUUUCAUUUCACUCUUGGAAAAUGAAUUCAGAACAAAUGGAAAUUUCUGGGCGAGAAGAUUACUGCGAUUCGGACAGAGAUCCAUACGAUUCUGAUGAUUCACAAGCUGACCCAAAUUUUGAUAUCCUUGAGGAGACGCGAUCGAGUUUCUCGAACCUCAGGAUCAAGAAAAAAGCCAAAUGCAGUUCUGAAAAGGAAAUGGAGGAGAACGUUGAGGAAGAUGUAGAUGUUAUUGAUAUGAUUCUGCCUGAGUUUGAUGAGAAGGAUCAGAAAAGUUAUGAAACUGUUCGAAAACUCAUCGAAGGUGGCAUGAUUAUGAAAUUAAAAGUUGAUCAGUGCAGAGUUUAUCUGAGGAAGCAUGGACUGCGAUUGACAGGCAAUAAAGAUAUCCUCAUAGGACGAAUUAUGGAAUAUCUCGAUAUUGUUGAUGAUGGUGGGGAGAAAAAGUAUCCAGCUUCUAGUUUCGUGCUUAAUUGCAAAGGUGAUGCAUGCACAGGAGAUGUAGUUAUGUUUGAACAGAAUGUGUAUGAAAUGUUCAGCAUUGCAUCUAGGAGUGCAAAUGGUCCUCCAUGUGGUACACGGGUUGUUGCAGGGCGGAUUGUGAAGGAGAGCUAUGGAGCUGCUAAGCAGCAACAUACAUUUACGAUUGAAGUAUUGUGGAGCAGAGGGGAGAAACCACUGCCUCCACUUCAUCCCCUUCUGAUCAAAGGCAGGAACCUCUACAGGUUAAGAACAAUGAGACAGAGAUGGGAAGAUGAAGGGGAAAGACAGAAAAUUUUAUCAGAAAAGCAUGCUAGAGGAUCCAUGGCACGCUCAGAUCGGGAAGCACGUAUACAAGAGAAGGAAAUGCGAAAGAUGCACAAAUCAAAUAGGGUAGCAAGACUGGAAAACCAGAACAAGCACGGGAAGUUAUCUGAUUCUAUACCAAUCAACCCAGAGAAGCAGGGAAACCAACCUCAAAAGCAGCAGGAGAAAAACAAUGCUGUACAGGAAGGAUAUUCUCAACGGGAGUAUUGCCAUCCCAAAACUUGUGGAGUGAGCAUUCUGCAGCAGCAAGAAAGUUUGCAAGGAAAGUCCAACGAUCCUUCAAAUGCACGUGUGUUACCAGAAAGGCUCCAUCAUAGGCAACCUUUCACUGUCGUGAAUUGCAGUUUUCCGAGGAGUCCAAACAGGAAUUUACAGUACAAUAACUUCAACACCUCAAGGAGUCCAAUUCAAGUGCAAACUCAAAGCUACAUUCAUAAAUCCAAUUAUCAGCAGAUUCCAAUACUAAACCACAUUUUUAAAGAUAAUAAAAAUAACAAUGACACAAGGAGUUCAUUACUGGGACCUUAUCCUAUGAGCAAUUCAGUACAAAUUCAUUCUUUUCGCACUCAGGAGAACUUCAACGCAACUAGGAAUCCGGUCCAAAGGCAAGGCCCCGAAAGAAAGAAGGUUUGCAGAUUUUUUGCUCAAGGAAUCUGUCGCUAUGGAGAUAGGUGCAAGUAUUUACAUGAUCAUGUAGGAAAUAGAAAUUAAUGGAAGAAGAGUGAAGGGUGCAUCACUGAAGUUUUGGAUUUUUCCAGUUGGAAAUUAGUUUUUUCCAACUCAAUUGCCAAACGUUGGAAGAAGUUAUGAUGUCAUUGUCAAUUUAUGAUCAGUUCGUUGGAGAAACUGUCUUCUUUUUACUUUUA